AUGAAGGACAACUGCGAGGGGGGCCUCCAAUUCUCUGCAGAUGCAGUGAUGAGUCCAUUUACCAAGUUCGAAUUAGAGACUUCCAAGAAUGACAAAAAAUUUGUACACAUCAAAUGUUGUUACAACAACAAAUAUUGGAUUACUUUCUCCCCCAACCUUAAAUCCAUUCAACCUUUGGCAGACGAGCCCGACGAGGAUCGAUCUGAAUGGUCGUGCACGUUGUUUGAGUUCAUCUACGAUGCCGAUCUUCAAGCAUAUCGGAUUCGUCAUGUCAAGCUCGGAUGCUACUUAAUCCCACAUACAGGCCCCAUUGCCGCUACCUACACUCUAUAUGCAGGAGUUGACACUCCUGACGCGGACCACCAUGAUGUCUUCACCGUGACCGACUUUCGAUCCUUGCUUCCGAUGCCGAAACAUGUCGCUUUCAAAGGCGACAAUGGCUGCUACCUCCGCGCCGCGAUGCAAGAACAUCAUGAGUAUUUAGAGUUCUCCAGUACUAGUAUUGGAGAUGAUAAGGCUGGAUACGAGGUCGUCGUGAACGACGAUGGAACCAUUUGCAUCAAGUCAAAGUUCUUCGGGAAGUUUUGGAGGCUAAGUCCGAGCUGGAUUUGGCUGAUUCGACCGAUGCAAGCUCGAGCAAUCCCGAUACUUGCUUUUGGCCUUACAAAUACUCUGAAGACAACACGAUUGCAUUAA